AAUUUUUAUAUAUGAUUUUUUUUUACAUAAAUAAGCUUCAUUUUCCUUUUACUUGGUCGCUUAAAACAUUUGAAAUAUCACUUUUUUUAGUCCACCUUUCCAACUUAUCCUAAUAAAAAUCACACAUCAUAAAAUAAAAUUUUCCAUAUAAACUAUGCCAUCACAUUACGUUUAUGUUCCAUUUCUAGUCUUAUGUGCGCCACUCAUUAUUAGCGUUUUAGGAACUUUUACAUUGUUCGCGAUAUUAACUUCUUCCUUGGCCUUAUUUGUUAUAUCGAUCCGUCUAGGAUUUCUGGCCGUGGAAUUUUCUGGUGGUGUCGUAUUUGACUUUAUAAAAUGGGGUAUAAAUAAAUUAUCACUUGAAAGAGGUCCUCAAAAGAAUACAAAGAUUACUAUUAAAGACACCAUUCAUAAUAAACAAAGGAAACAUAUUCUAAAAUCAACAAAAACAACGAUUUAUAAUUCUAACGGAUCUGGAAAUAAUUAUGUUAGUAAUGACGAUUAUUUUAUGAUGUCCAUGAUUAAUAACAAGAGACCAAAUGGAAGGAGGGCUAGAAGUGAUUAUAUAUAAGAAAAAAAAAAAAAGAG